UUCCAUCCCGACCAGUAAAUAUUUUCUAACUUUGUACCCACUCCACAACACAGAUCUACUUUAUCCCCAAAUCCCAUCCUGCUUUAUUAUACAACACUGUCCACUCCUCUUCACACACACACAGUGUAUUCUUUCUCUCUUUAACAAACAUGCAGCUCCGGUCAGUGGCCGCCGUGGCCACGGUGGUCAUUUCAUUAGCUCAUUUGCUUUUCCCCCAUGCAACUUCAGCUCACAACAUUACACAUAUUCUAGCAAAAUACCCACAAUUUUCCACCUUCAACCAUUACUUAACAGAAACACAUCUCGCUGCCGAGAUUAAUAGCAGGGAAACCAUCACAGUCUGCGCCGUCGAUAACGCCGGCAUGGCUGAGCUUCUCUCUAAGCAUCUCUCCAUUCACACUAUCAAAAACGUCAUUUCUCUUCACAUACUUUUAGAUUACUUUGGUGCUAAGAAGCUUCACCAAAUCACUAAUGGAACUGCGUUAGCUGCAACUAUGUUUCAAGCUACUGGUUCAGCUCCUGGUUCGACUGGGUUUGUUAAUAUUACAGAUCUGAAAGGUGGGAAAGUUGGGUUUGGUCCGGCGGAGAAUCACGGUACUCUUCCAGCUACGUUUGUUAAAGCUGUUGAAGAGAUACCGUAUAAUAUAUCUGUUAUUCAGAUUAGUACGAUGUUGCCGUCGGCUUCAGCUGAAGCUCCGACGCCGGAACCGAGUCAGAUGAAUCUUACUUCACUAAUGUCGGCUCAUGGGUGUAGGGUAUUUGCUGAAACUUUGUUGAAAUCUCCUGCUGAGAAGACUUUUGAGGAUAAUGCUGAUGGUGGGUUAACUGUGUUUUGUCCCGGAGAUGAUGCGAUGAAGAAUUUUAUGCCGAAGUUUAAGAAUCUGACUGCCGACGGGAAGCAGUCGUUGCUUGAGUAUCAUGGGGUUCCGGUUUAUCAAUCUAUGGCGAGCUUGAAAUCGAACAAUGGCGUGAUGAACACUUUAGCUACUGAUGGAGCUAAGAAGUACGACUUCGUUGUGCAAAACGAAGGCGAUGUGGUGACUUUGAAGACCAAGAUUGUGACGGCGAAGAUCACCGGAACUCUUGUUGAUGAACAGCCGGUGGCUAUUUUCACGAUUAAUAAAGUUUUAAUGCCUAAGGAGCUGUUCAAGGCUUCAGCUGCUCCGGCGCCGGCACCGGCACUGGCACCGGAUGCCGAUUCACCUGAACCAUCUAAGAAGAAGAAGAAACACAAGGCGCCGGCGGCAGCUGAUACUCCGGCGGAUUCACCGGCGGAUGGUCCAAGUGACGAUUUUGCAGAUUCGACGGCGGCCGAUGAUAACAGCGCGUUUAGUUAUAGUGCUGGACCAGUGGUUGCCGGAGUUUUGAGUAUGUGGUUUUUCUUUUUAUUGCUUUGAGUUAAUUUUUUUUUCCUUUUUUAAGAUUAAAAGGGUUUUUAUUGUGAAAUAAUUAUUGUCUAUUUAUGUAGUAUCAAAUGGUAGUAAUUUGUACUUUUGGGUAUUAGAAAAGCUAGGAGUUUUGUGUGUGUUUUUCAAUUAUGUAUUUAUUUUUCAAUUUAUUUUUUCUUAUUUUUUUCUUUGUUGUUUCUUUGUAUUUGUUUAUUAAUUUAUUAUAUGAGUGAUAUUUUUGGA